UUAUAACUGUUAUUUCGUUAAAAAUUAAAACGUAAACAAUCGAAGACAACGGAUUUGUUAUCGUGAUUUCGUUAAAUAAAACCGAUAUAUUUCUGUAAAAAAAUAUUAAUUCGCAUAUUCCUUGAUAGUAUCCAAACUUAAAGAAUUUAAACUCAUGAAUGUUCUAAGAGUAAAUCCUUAUAAGAGCCUGUUAAAAACCAUUAAAAUUGGAUUAAAAGAUUGCCAAUAUUAUGAUAUUGGCAGUUUUGGCACAAAAUAUGACAGACUACCGUUUUCUAUUCGAGUUCUUCUAGAAAGCGCUGUACGUAAUUGUGACAAUUUUCAAGUAACAAAAACUGAUGUUGAAAAAAUUUUGGAUUGGGAAAAUAAUCAGUCUCUUCAAGAUGGAGUUGAAGUGGCCUUUAAGCCAGCGAGAGUUAUACUACAGGACUUUACUGGAGUACCAGCAGUCGUGGAUUUUGCAGCGAUGAGAGAUGCUGUAAAGAGACUCGGUGGUGAUCCUGAUAAGAUUAAUCCAAUCUGUCCAUCAGAUCUUGUAAUUGAUCAUUCAAUACAGGCUGAUUUUACAAGGAGCAAUGAUGCCUUAAAAAAGAAUGAAGAGCUUGAAUUUGAGAGAAACAAGGAACGUUUUAUGUUCCUCAAAUGGGGUGCAAAGGCAUUUAAAAAUAUGUUAAUUGUACCCCCUGGAAGCGGUAUUGUGCAUCAAGUGAAUUUGGAGUAUUUAGCAAGAGUGGUAUUUGACUCCGACAAUUUCCUGUAUCCUGACAGCGUAGUUGGUACUGAUUCUCAUACCACCAUGGUCAAUGGUCUGGGUGUACUUGGAUGGGGAGUUGGUGGUAUUGAAGCAGAGGCUGUUAUGCUUGGUCAAGCGAUUUCCAUGUUAAUACCAAAAGUUGUGGGAUAUAAAUUGGAAGGAGCACUGAAUCAGUAUGCCACUUCUACUGAUCUUGUUCUAACUAUUACAAAAAACCUUCGACAAGUCGGAGUGGUUGGAAAAUUUGUCGAGUUCUUUGGACCUGGGGUAACGCAGCUAAGUAUCGCGGAUCGUGCUACUAUUUCUAAUAUGUGUCCAGAAUAUGGCGCAACUGUGGGCUUUUUUGCAGUAGAUGAACAAAGUUUGUCGUAUCUCAAGCAAACGGGUCGAUCCGAGGAACAUAUUGACAAAAUUGAAAAAUACCUUAAAAGCGUACACAUGCUAAGAAAUUAUGACGAUCCAAGCCAAGAUCCAGUCUUUUCUGAGGUGAUCACUUUGGAUUUGAGCACUGUAGUUUCGAGUGUCAGCGGACCUAAAAGACCUCACGACAGAGUUUCAGUAUCUGAUAUGCAAAUAGACUUCAGGAAUUGUCUUGUUAACAAGGUAGGCUUCAAAGGCUAUGGUUUAACCCCAGCAAAAGUAGAAUCUGUAGGGAAAUUUAAAUACGAGGAAAAGGAAUACGAAUUGAAACAUGGCUCGGUAGUCAUUGCGGCUAUUACUAGCUGUACAAAUACCAGCAACCCUAGCGUUAUGCUUGGAGCAGGUCUUCUUGCUAAAAAGGCAGUGGAAGCUGGCUUGAGCGUUGAACCGUAUAUAAAAACGUCGUUGUCACCUGGCUCGGGAGUCGUUACUUAUUACCUUCAGGAAAGCGGAGUGAUACCAUAUCUGACGAAGUUAGGAUUCGACAUCGUGGGUUACGGAUGUAUGACUUGUAUUGGAAACAGCGGACCGCUUCCUGAUGCUAUAGUCGAGGCUAUUGAAAAGAAUGAACUCGUUUGCUGUGGAGUUCUGUCAGGAAAUAGAAACUUUGAAGGCAGAGUCCAUCCAAACACCCGAGCGAAUUACUUAGCAUCCCCGCUUCUAGUAAUAGCCUAUGCCAUUGCUGGUACUGUGGACUUUGACUUUGAAAAGCAGCCACUGGGUCACAAAGCCGAUGGCACUCCAAUAUUUUUACAAGAUAUCUGGCCAACUAGAGCGGAAAUUCAAGCUGUCGAGCAGAAAUAUGUUAUUCCAGCCAUGUUCAAGGAAGUUUAUAGUAAGAUCAAGCAUGGUAGCACCAGUUGGGCAAGCUUGGUAGCACCUGAUGGCAAGCUAUAUCCGUGGGAUAUUAAUUCCACAUACAUAAAAAAUCCACCCUAUUUUGAUAACUUGCAAAAGGAGCUGCCUCCAAUAAAAUCAAUUACGAGAGCGCGAGUGCUCGUAAAUCUUGGAGAUUCCGUUACAACCGAUCAUAUAAGCCCAGCAGGCAGUAUUGCGCGUAAUUCACCAGCAGCGAGAUAUCUAGCUAAUCGAGGUUUGACACCGAAAGAUUUCAAUUCUUAUGGCUCACGCAGAGGAAAUGAUGCUGUGAUGGCACGGGGUACAUUUGCGAACAUUCGUCUCGUGAAUAAAUUUAUUGGUAAAGCGGGGCCACGAACAAUUUACAUUCCAACUAACGAAGAGAUGGACGUAUUUGAUGCGGCCGAAAAAUAUACGAAAGACGGAACGCCUUUGAUCGCUCUGGUCGGCAAGGAAUAUGGAUCUGGAUCUUCCAGAGAUUGGGCUGCCAAAGGACCGUAUCUACUUGGUAUUCGAGCCAUCAUAGCAGAAUCGUAUGAAAGAAUACACAGGUCCAACCUUGUGGGUAUGGGCAUUAUUCCAUUACAGUAUCUUCCUGGAGAAAAUGCUGAGUCCUUAGGAUUAACGGGUUACGAACAAUUCGAUAUCGUGAUUCCCACGAAUUGCCAACCUGGAGAAAGGAUCACUGUAAACACAGACAACGGCAAGAAAUUUGAAGUAAUUACACGAUUUGAUACAGAAGUUGACUUGACUUACUUCAAACACGGUGGUAUUCUCAAUUACAUGAUUCGAACAAUGCUUUGAUGAAUAUAAUGUGAACAAAAGAAUAUAAAUAACUCCGUUAUAAAAGAACCUGCUUACUUAAUGAGAUACUUAAUGUUGGUUUUGGGAUAUAACAUGUAUCUCUUAAAGAUCGAGAUUUAAAUACGCUAAAGAGAUGUAGAAGUAAAAAUGUAUUCAAAUACUAUUAUAUUUAAAUGCCUUUUCUUUCUUUCAUCUAAAAUGAUUAACAUUUGCAAUAUUUGUGUACAGCACGCCAUUGAUUAAUAUAUUUAUUUCAUAACAUUUCGAAUUUUUGUUAUAUUAAGUUUUAGUAAUCCAAAAUUAAACGAAGCACAAUGUUCGUUAAUCCAAUAAACUCGCUGCUGUCGUUCAAAAAUUUUUUUUUAAUAUUUUAUAUAUCAUUACGUGUUUUAUAUACAUGGGGAAAACUAUAUUGUCUUCGCUUUUAUGUAUACAUCGCAAUAAUAAAUUGCUGCAAUGUUGUUUCAA